UUGGGGUGCCACCAAAAGCAGCCCAUCCAUCGACCAGCCAAACCCAUAUGAGAUCAGCCCAAACAACAGAUGAAAACUAAAUUUGGUGUAGGCUUUCCAAAUAAAGGACACCCGUCAGUCCAUCCAGCUACUUCCCCCCAAUCAAUCCCCACAAACUCCGGAUCACAACACCAAAGCAGUAGUGAAGGAAGAAAAAAUGGUGCAGUGAAAGAGAUCUCAAAAUCCAAGCACAUUCUCACUGUUUCUUUCUUUCCACGUUUCUGUAUGUCUCGACCGCAAAAUUAUGAGUUCCAAGAAUGGUGGAACAAGCAAAGGGAGAAGCAUCACGACCUCUUCAUCGACAAAUCUGAAACCCAGAGGUUGUUCACUUCCGUCGAGAUCCACACUCCCACCGCCGAUCCCGCCGUUGACAAGGAGCGAACCCGGAGCGCCCGCCAGCUCUCCUGGGUCUGUCUUCUCAAGUUACAGCAACUAGCUAGUUCCAUUGCCUACCUGUCCAAUGGCUUUGUCGCCAUUCUCCGAACCGCCAAUCGGAGAAUUGCAUCUUCUUCUGUUGCCGCGGAUUCGUCUCGAUCUGAAUCCAGGCUGUACCACGCAAUUAAGGUGUUUCUGGUUGUGGUUUUGGUUCUGCUCUUGUUUGAGCUUGUUGCUUACUUUAAGGGGUGGCAUUUCAGUCCGCCGUCCCUCAGUUCGGCGGAGGUGGAGGUGUUGGGGUUGGUUGAGCUUGUGUACGCCAAUUGGUUGAAGAUUAGGGCGAAUUAUCUGGCUCCGCCGUUGCAGAGUUUGACGAAUGUUUGUAUUGUUUUGUUCUUGAUACAGUCAGUGGAUCGGAUUGUUUUGAUGUUGGGUUGUUUUUGGAUCAAGUUCCGGAAGUUGAAGCCGGUUGCGGUGAUGGAGUUUUCGGAGAAUUCGGAGGGGCAGAAUGUGCAGGAUUAUCCCAUGGUGUUGGUUCAGAUCCCAAUGUGCAAUGAGAGGGAGGUUUACCAGCAAUCUAUUGCAGCAGUAUGUAUCCAAGACUGGCCAAGGGAAAGAAUGCUCGUACAAGUAUUAGAUGAUUCUGAUGAUUUGGAUGUUCAACACCUUAUCAAGGCAGAAGUACAGAAAUGGCAACAAAGAGGCUUGCGCAUAUUGUACAGACAUCGCCUUAUCCGCACAGGCUACAAGGCAGGGAAUCUCAAAUCUGCAAUGAGCUGUGACUAUGUUAAGGAUUAUGAGUUUGUUGCAAUCUUUGAUGCCGAUUUUCAACCAGGGCCAGAUUUCUUGAAGAAAACUAUUCCUUAUUUUAAGGGGAAUGAUGAUCUAGCAUUGGUCCAAACAAGGUGGGCCUUUGUAAACAAGGAUGAGAAUUUGCUUACGAGAUUACAGAACAUAAACCUGUCCUUCCACUUUGAGGUUGAACAACAGGUCAAUGGUGUGUUCAUCAACUUCUUUGGUUUUAAUGGAACUGCUGGUGUAUGGAGAAUCAAAGCCCUUGAAGAUUGUGGUGGCUGGUUGGAACGGACAACUGUUGAGGACAUGGAUGUUGCCGUCCGAGCUCACCUUUGUGGAUGGAAGUUCAUAUAUCUGAAUGAUGUAAAGUGCCUUUGUGAACUCCCCGAGUCCUAUGAGGCAUACAAGAAACAGCAACACCGUUGGCAUUCAGGUCCAAUGCAAUUGUUCCGCUUGUGCUUCUUUGACAUACUCCGUUCAAAGGUGAGUUCAGCCAAGAAAGCCAACUUAAUACUUCUUUUCUUCCUCUUGCGGAAGCUUAUCCUGCCCUUUUAUUCAUUCACCCUCUUCUGCAUUAUCCUCCCCCUGACCAUGUUCUUGCCUGAAGCUCAGUUGCCAGCUUGGGUGGUUUGUUAUGUCCCUGGAAUCAUGUCCAUCUUGAAUAUUGUUCCGGCACCACGGUCAUUCCCAUUUAUAGUCCCCUACCUUCUAUUUGAGAAUACCAUGUCAGUGACCAAAUUCAAUGCCAUGAUAUCAGGGCUGUUUCGGUUUGGGAGUUCUUAUGAAUGGAUAGUUACAAAGAAAUUGGGAAGAUCCUCAGAGGCAGACCUAGUUGCAUUUGCUGAGAAAGAAUCUGACCCUCUUGUGGAAGGCUCCAGUCUCCACAGGUCGUCCUCAGACCCAGGCAUUUUAGAGCUGAACAAACUAGAAAUGACCAAGAAAACUGGAAAAACCAAAAGAAACCGUUUAUACAGGAAAGAACUUGCUCUUGCCUUUAUUUUGUUAACUGCCUCAGUAAGAAGCUUGUUGUCUGCCCAGGGAAUUCACUUCUACUUCCUGCUGUUUCAAGGGAUCACCUUUCUAGUGGUGGGUCUUGAUUUGAUCGGAGAGCAGGUGAGUUGACCUUCCUAUCACUAUUUUAGUAGCUUCGAAAGCUCUUUUCCAUGGAUAUACACUUUGGGACGAAAGGUCAAAUUGACCACAGCCUUCAAAUCCAAUAAUCAGAGCGGAAUUAUUGAUACAUGCUAUAAAAUAGUGGUCCUUGGCUCCCAAUCAAAAGCAAUUCGUUUUCUUAUUUAUUGUUUAAGUGAGGAAAAGGACUGUUAUAUAUCAUUUGUUCUUGCCGAGACAAGCAUGGGUCUAUGUAAAAGUUUUCUAAGCCUGAAAUAUAGGAAACAGAACUUGAAACUACUGGUGGUGGUGGUGGCGGCGGCGGCAGUGAUGGCAGUGGCGGUGGCAGUGGCAGCAGAGCGUCGUGGUGGAGAAACAGCUGACUCUGUCCUGCCUGUUUGUUUGGUGUAAUUCAUUCCAUUGUACAAUUGCUUGUCCAUGCCACUCUGAGAGAGAGCUGCUGUUGUUGGAUAAUCAAAUUUAUCAUUCUUUAUUUUUGUUAUUGGACAGGUUGUGUACCAUUAUAUAAUUUGAUUAUACUAGUGUUGAAAUC